AUGGCGCGGGAGGGCUCCGGGAGGGCGGGGUGCUCGCGCCGGGCGGGGGCCCGGGGCGGGGGGCCGUGGCGGCCCCCGACCUGGGAGGUCUCGGACUCGGACGGCGAGGGCCCCGCUGGCGCGGAGGCCGGCGCGACGGCCUGCGGGCCGGUGGAGGAACGCAGGGCGGCGGCGGAGGAGCGCAGGGCGGUGGCCGAGGCGCUGCGGCCCGAGCAGGCCCUGCGGCGCGUGGCGGUGCGCGUGGACGCAGCCCUUCUGGAAGAUGCUGGUGCCGACAUCCUGCUGGAGGCCCUGCGCGCCCUGGGCUGUGAGUACCACGUUGAACCCCAGCGGCCGGCCCGGAGCCUCAGGUGGACCAGAGCGAAGCCGGACCCUUGUCCCCGCACUGUGCCUUCGGAGGUGUGGGCUGCAGAUGAGCAGGACGUCCUUCUGCUCCUGGAGCCGGAAGAGUUUCUGCAGGGCAUCCAGCAGCUGACCCAGACUCGUGGCCCAUCUUGCUCCGUGCCCUGGAUCUGUCCUGAGAGCUCCACCAGCCCCCGCCUGGCUGUCAUCGGGCUGGAUGCCUACCUGUGGUCUCACCAGCCCAACAGCCAGGAGAUGCGACAGCCAGAGAGUACAUCGGUGGCCCGUGCCGCAGUGGCACUCAGCUGGCCCAAGGUGGAGGAGGCCCUGGUGCUCCUGCAGCUCUGGGCACAUCUGGAUGUAUUGCUGGUGGCCUCCUGGCAGGAGCUGAGUCAGCAUGUGUGCGCCUUCACCAAAGCCCUCGCUCAACGCCCCUUCAGGCGGUACCGGGAGUCCCGUGCCUUCUCCUUCUGUGUGGCUGGGCACAGGGCAGCCAGCGAGCGCGUGGCGAGCGAUGGCACAGGGCUGCGGGGCAUCUGGUGGCGGCAGAUCAGGCAGUUCCACCGGGUCAGCCCGACCGUGGCCCAUGCCAUUGUCACCGCCUUCCCCUCCCCUCGCCUUCUGCAGCAGGCAUACAGGAGCUGCAGCACAGAGCAGGAGCGCCUGGCCCUCCUGGCAGACCUCCCCGUGAAGAUGGGCGAGGGCGUGCGACCCCGCAGGGUGGGGCCUGACCUUUCCCGCCGCAUCUGCCUCUUCCUGACUACCACCAACCCUGAGCUCCUACUGGACCUGGGCUCCUGACCACGCCUGGGGGACAGGACAGGGCCCUUUUUCACCUACCAGUGGGACAGAACGUGGUCCACCCCAUGCAGGGGCUGAACUGCCAACUACCCCGGGGGAGGGGGGGAACAGGGCGCCGCCCCUGGGGUGCGUGGGAGGGCACGGGAUGGCCAGAACAUUUUCGGGUAACUGGGACGGGCAGGAGAGGAGGGGGUGAGCUUCCCCUGCCCUGGGUUCUGGAUACACCGGCCACAGAGCCAGGGCCCAGUUGGGGGGUCAGGAAGGGGGAACACACACCAGUCACGGGGAGACUUGGGGGUGGCACCUUCUAAGAAACAGUAAGAAAAGUCUCGAGGGAGGAAAGCGCACUGGGUUCUCUCUUCUGGAGGGUGUUGUGACGCAGCCAGGCCCGAGGGGAGGAGAGCUGCGGGCCUUGGCCAGACUCCAUCCUGCCACCACGGAGGCGUCACGUAAAGUCUAAGUUUAUUACGGUCAUUUUGGUCUGGGACGGGAGGAACAGCAGCUGACGACAUGCAAAAAAGCAAGUGAAGGAAAACGCAAGGCCGCGGCAACAGCGCCGCCUCUAACCGCGUGGUCGUGGGCGCUGACCCAUAGUCGGUCCGGAAGAGCCAGGCUGGCGGCUUCCUCGUGGUGCAAGGAGCAGAUGCCCUCAGGGCCCUGGAGCCUGUCCCGGCGAAGCCAGCCCUCCGUGCGAGUCGUGCCCCUGGAGCCUGGUCCAAAGGGAGGGACACACAAGGCGGCCACUUGGCCCCAGAAAGGCAGUUUUCAUGGGAAAUAAGUCAGGUCCGUCGGCAGCGCUUCCUCUGGCAGUGCCGGGUCUCGGGGCCGCUGGCCGUGGCCUUGGGGGAGGGUGCGGGGGGCUUGCGGCGGCCGCAGCUCAUGCUCAGGACCCAGCCCAGCUUGUGGUGCAGCAGCUGCUUGAGGCCAGGUGGCAGGGGCAGCCCCUCCAGCGUAUCCCCGGAGUCGGGCCGCAGCUGGCGCAGCCGGUAACAGCACAGGUACUGCAGGGAGGUGACGCUAGCACACGAGCGGAUCACCUUCAUGCUGCUCUUGGCCGCCGUGGAGCACACCAUCGGGUAGAACUUCCUGUUUUGCAGCUUGGUGGCCGCCACACCUGGGGGGGGGGACAGGGAGCGCAGCCUGAGCCCCAGGCCGAGCAGGGGCAGCGCCUGUUCCCACCACCCCUCGGGCUGCCCCACCCUCUGGGAACCCCGGGGCCUCAGGUUCCUGGGAGAAUUGGCUUUCAGGGAGCCUGGGGCCGCAGUUCCACACCUUUCAGGCAUGGGUCAAGGUCACGGCUGCCCUCACCUAUGCACUUCCUGUUCUUAAAGAAGGUGAGCGUCCCGUGCCAGGUGUCCAGGUGCACGCCGAUGAUGGAGCCCUGGCCGAACCUCGAUGAGAAGCUCAUUUUGUCGCCCUUGUGAUGGAGGAGCCCUGGGGGGCAGUGGGGUGGGACUGCAGAACGUGUGGUGGUACUUGUCCAGGUCCACGUCCGACGUCCCAAUGCCCACCAUCUGGGAAGAGCAGGGCAGGCAGAGAGCGUCUGGGCACCUGGGGUCACACCUGCCCGCCCCACCCCCCACCAGCCUGCUGGCCACUGACCAUGUCGGUGCCGUAGACUGGCGAGGUCAUCUUGAUCUCCCAGAAGUGCUGGCCCUCCCCCAGCUCCUUGGUGCCCCUGAUGGCUGCCGUGCCGCAGCUGUACUCCAUGUGGAAGUUGACCUUUCGGUUGUCGCAGCUUAGCAGUGUGGCCGAGGAUUUAUUCAGGUCAUCCCACACCCAGUCAAAAUCUGCAGGAGCCAGGGGCGGAGGAGGCUGGGGCUGGAGGGCUGGAGGGCAUGUGGGCCGGGCUCACCCCUCCCCUGGCCCCCGGUCCUCCCCCCGGUCCUCACGCUCGUCCUCCUCGCCGCAGCGGCAGUCCUUGUCCUUGUUGCGGCGCGCCGAGUGCAGGCUGCUGCAGAAGGGGGCCUCACUCUGGCCAUCACAGUCACAGAAGGACUCCCCGGUCACGGGCACAGCGCUGGGGAUGGGCGGCGGCAGGGCGGAGGACUCGGGGUCGGAGUCGGAGUCACUGUGCUGGGAGAGAAGGACUGGCUGCUCCCGCCUGGCGCGCCCUCCGCCCUCCAUCCUGAGAUCCACCACGUGCGGGGUCAACCACACCCAUGCCCCAAGCAAGUGCCUGCAGAUUGGGCUUCAAAGGGCUUCCCUGGGUCUCCUGAGAGUCAGCCCCCACCCUUGCCCAGCGCCACCCCGGGUGACCCCGGACACCUGCUCCGGCCUCCUGGGAAUGAGCUGAAGGACUCCACCCCACCUCCGCACAGCCCUGGGAUCACUGGGCACCCUGCUGACAACCAGCCAGGGCUAUGGAGCAGUCACACAAGCCACACGGUGGAAGCUGCGCUAAGGAGGCCAGAAGCAGAGACAGAUGCCAACAGGAGACGGGAGGAAGGCCCAAAGCACCCCACCUGCAUGGAACGCUGAUCCCCCAAAAGCCAAGGCAGACCCACUGCUAGUGAGAGGCGACCCCCUUCCCACUGUCAAGUGCCAGGGUCGCAGACCUGAGCACUGGGGGGUCAAUCUGGCCAACCCCCUGCACAGCAGCCCACCACCAACCACAGGACAAGCAUCAGAGCUGAAGGGAAGGGAGAUGUGUGUUCAGCCUCCAGACAUGCUCAGGGUGACACGCCCACCCACACAGCCAAGGACUCCAAGCCCAUUAGGCGACAGACAAGCUUCAAACGUGUCACGUGCUAUGCCCUGGUCCCUCAACACCUCCUGCAUCUCAUAGCGAUGAGCUGGCCAGGCAGAGACAGGCAGGAGAACAGAUUGCUCAGGUCACGUGGUCAGGGGGAGCUGGAGGCGGGACAGGAAUGCAGGCCGAGGCCUCUUGCUGGCCUGGGCAGGGAGUCUGCGGAGGCCCUAGGAAGGGGCACAAGACACUACCAGCGCCUCCCAUUCUCCCUCCAGGUCUUGCAGUUCCACGGGGCUCAGCCACCCUCACUCUAAAGAUACCCGGCUGGGCCGGGGCAAUAACACGGGAUGGCUGUGACGUGGCAGAGCCCAGUCACCCAAGGAUCACCCCUGCAGGAAACAGCUGGGGUGACUCAGAGCAGAACUGAACCCCUACCCUGGUCUGAGAGCCCUGAGAAGCCAUCCACAGUGCCUACCGCCAGCAACAGGCACAGAGGCCACGCAGUCCUGCUGUCCCAUCCACCAUGGCGGGUUGGGACAGCCAAGCACUCAGGGCCGGCAGGCAACCUGCACUGCACGUGAACAACCCAGCCACUCCUCUGACCACUCCUGGGCUCCCCGGCCUCCCAGAGCUCUGCAGCUGCCGAGUGUGGGAAGGCGCAGGCGUUUUGGGCUCUAAAAAUUCUAAGUUCUCUUUCUACAUACAUAGACACAAACAUCAAGCGUAUGUCUGUACGAGUGGAGAAAACAUUCAGGAACACACACGUCAAGCUACUUUUGGACACUGGUUGGGUAAACGGAAUGGAGUUUUUGUUGAACUGACCACAAACGCAACUGCUGUGCCCCAGAAACAAGAGAAUAGAGAUGGGAUCUGCCCUGGGGUCCUGUCACCCCAGGACCACAUGGGUCCUUAACCCGGGGAAAGGAGGGCCCGCCUGGCCCGUCCUCGGCCCUUGGGGGCAUCUUUCUCUUUCAGUCCUGGCUCAGGCACUGCCCGCCCUGGGCGCCUCUACCCCUUAGUCCAGCCACGCCCAUCUCCCCCGCUAGGACCUACCUGCCCAUCAGAGUCGUAGCCCCAGUUAGUGGUCCCUGCCAGGGCCACAGCCCGGGCAUCCGCGUCUCGGUGGGCCGCACUCAGGACAAAAUGCCAAGCUCUGCUGCUGCGAGGGCGCCGGGCCAUGAUGGACAGGAUCUGGAAGAAAACCCAGGUUCUGAGCAGAGAAGACAGGAGACAGCAACUCCUGUGCUCCAUCCUGGGCCAGCUGCGCCAGCCCCGUCCAAAGGUGGGAGCUCUCGUGAGCCAUGCAGAUACUGAGCAAGGGCACUGGGACUCUUCUCGACCUCAGACCUCCUUCCAGUAUACAAGCACCUUGAUGAACGCAAGGCAAAGAGUGUGGAACACCGUCCAGAUGCCCAUGACUCUCCAGUGCAUAUCUCAGUCCCUGUCGGAGCUCAGCCUGAUGAACCCAGCUGUCCCUCAGGCAUCUCAAACCUUGUCUGGCUCCUCCUCUGUUGUCCAGUUUGACAAAUGGCAUCUCCAACCUCCCAGUUCCUCAUGCCAGACCCAUGGCAGUCACCCUGGACACCCCUUUCCUCCCUCGGGCACUGGCCUGACAGCCCCACACACCCAGCACCACCUCCAAACCAUGUCCUGAACCCCUCUCUCCAUCCCCGCCGCCACCGCGACUUCAAGCCACAACACACCUUCACUCUGGCUCCUCCCACUUCACUCAUUCACUCAGUCAAAAAGCUGACUUUUUGGAAACACAAAUCUUAAAAAUUUAAGUAAGUCUCAACCAUAUGCAUAUAAAUAUGCAACA